CGCGGACGCGCGCGAGAUAUUCCAGCAGCGGCAUUGCCAACACACUUCUGACUAGCUUAGCACAUUGUAUAUCCGUGAGUUAUGGAAGUAACAUCGGGGCCGGCAGUACUGGAGAACAACGUUGACUUUUCGACUCCGAACCGAUAAUCGUUAUCCUUUUUUUCUCGCUCGUCAUCUCCCUUUCUCGCUCGCUGGUUCGUUCGUUCUUCGCGAACUAUACUCGUACUUGUUCGUUGUUACAAUUUUUCUCAUUUUUCCCUCAUUCGCUCGCUCACGCACUUACUCACUUAUUUACCCACUCACUUACUCACUCGCUUUCUUACCAACUAACUAACUGACUGACUGACUUUUUUUCUUCUUCAUUUUCUCUCGCUCUCAUCAUUCUGGUGACGUUCGCGUCAUCUUUCUCGUUCGGUCGUCUCACCAUCGCCAUCACCAUUUUUUUCUCCAGCUCCAGCUCCAGCUCGUCCUCGUCCUCGUGCUGGUCGUGGUUCUUUGCGACUUGUUCGCCGUAUCGUGUUCGUGUGUAACGCUGUUUGUUGUCAGCCUCAGCGUCAGCUCGACUUGGACUCGGAUCGGACUCAUUCAGAGUCAGACUACUCGUAUAGCGCGACCGUACCAUACCAUCACUCAUGUGUGCUGUGUGCUGUAUACGGCUACGAGGUACGACUACGAGCCGUGUUCAUUGAUGUGUUAACUGCUUAAACGGUGUUGUUUUACCUUAUCGAUUGACGUGUGUACGACGUACGCGUGUGUGAGUGUGUACAAUACUCGUAUUAUAAAAUAUACAUACAUGUGUGUAACGUUUUUACCAAAUUAUUCAAUUUCAUUUUUCGUUUCGUACGAUCGCCGCGCCGCUAUGCGAUAAGCGUGUAGCGUGUAGCGUAUGUAAGCAUAGUCGUCGCGUAGGUAUUCAUCUCCCUGUAAUAUCUAUCUGUAUCUUUUUCGUGUUUUUCAUCAAUUUUUUUUGUAUCGCGCGAAAAAUCGCGCAUUUUCACUCGCCAGCAUGUCCGUUCAAAACGGAAUGGUUUUAUCAAAACUGGAAGCGAUUAAAGAAAUCAGAAUAAAAACUUUGCAACUAGAAGAACUGAAAAAUAAAAUUUUACACGAAGUCGAAGUCAGCGAUCAAGAAGAAAAGUGCCUAACCGAGUACAAGCAAGAAAUGGAUCUCCUAUUGCAAGAUAAAAUGUCACAUGUGGAAGAACUACGCCAAAUACAUUCCGAUAUAAAUGCAAUGGAAAAUGUCAUUAAAAAAGCCGAAGAAGCGAGAAAUACUUCGCUGGAAAGAGCAAAACGAAUUCACGAAGAAUAUCAACCUUUAAAAUUCGAAUUAGACAGACUGCGGCAAGAUAUUCUAGGAUUAGAAAGGCUACCGGAAUUACACGAAGAAGAAAAGGAUUUAAAACCCGAGUUAUUUGCCGGAGGCUACUUCGAAAGGCCUUUCAAAUGUCCAGAAUGGUACCCACCAGUCUGCGAGUCUGUGAUGAUGGCGAGUUUCUCACAAGCGGCUCACGUGCACGCUUUUCAACCACCUACGACAUCAUUCUUACCACAUGUACCGCAUCCUUUACAUUUAUUGCCGACUACCAGUAAAUUGCCAGAAACCAGACCUGUGCCACCGGCGCCAUUGCCAGGCCCACCGCCCACUUUCAGGCAACAACCACCGCCGAUGAAAUCUUGUUUAUCGUGCCAUCAACAGAUCCACCGGAAUGCUCCUAUUUGCCCACUUUGCAAAGCGAAAUCAAGAAGCAGAAAUCCAAAGAAGCCCAAGAAAAAGGAAUAAUCGACUCGGAGUUGGCGUUCAGCAAUACGCUAGUAAAUCCUUAAAUUUCCUACGCGUUCGCUGGUGAUUUACCGAUUACCUAACACCGAUUAUUAGGUUUACCUUCGUUCGUUUAUAAUUGCCAAAUGGCAAAUGCCAACGAAAUCAUUCGGUGAUCUCAUAAAAUUAUUGUUAAAUUUGCCGCACGUCCACGUCUGUUUUUUCGAAAUCGAAACCGAAUUCGACGAUGUAGCGUUGUAAACAAGCGCUGUAGUAUGAACUCGAUAUCGCAUCGGUACGAUUAGUAAAGUGAUUACAAAGCGAAUUAGCGUACCGUACCUCGCGUUUUCAAAAUACUCAUAGAAUACGGAAAGGGAUCGCAGUUCAUUACCAUAAUUAAGCGAGCGUAUUUCUCGAAAUUUCCAACACAGUCGACCUACUCGUACAUAACUUUUCUUUCUUCUUCGGUACCUCGUACUCGUAGUAGGCGCUCCGCCGCCAUUAUAGUCAAGUUAACGUAAUCAAAGCUCAAACAAUUUAGACAGUAUUUGAUUCAUACCGAAUGCGAUUAAAAACAAAACGUAUUACUCGUAAAAAUGUUGAGAAAGUUGAAACACUUCGACACUACGAAACAGCUACCAUCGGUACAGUUGGGCGAGCUGACGAUUCCACAAAGUCGCCGUCUUUGUCUUCGUAGUCUUUGAGAAUAAAGUCGAUCAACGGUUUUAUGGUUAGAUUGCAUUCGGCAUCGGGCAUUUAUAUUGCCAAGCGUCUAGCGAAUUGUGAGCAAACGUCAACGUAAAAGCUAACAAAAACAAUAUUGCUUUCUGUUUCUACCGCGUUGUAAUUUGUAAAUAACUCCAAAAAUGAUUGUAUACGGAUUUUUUCAUUAUAUGAUAGCUAUACUGUUUUCAUUAUAAACGAUAAUUCAUAUUUAUAAAUAAAUAAUGAGUGUUUUCUUUACUAUUUUA